AUGCCUCUGAUAGAUGGAGUAAUGGUGCUUCUGCCACCGCCUGAGGGCUACGUGGUCAACUUCGACAACCCACAGAGACAGGGAGUGACAGAAGCAUACUUUGUGGCGGGGUUCGGAAUGGCUGUGAGCUUUCUUUUCUUCUGCCAGAGGAUGUAUGUCAAGCUAUUUCUUGCAGGUGGCUUGCAGUUUGACGAUGUUUUACUCAUAUUUUCAUAUAUAUUGGCCUUGGUCACCAUCAGUCUUUGCCUUCACAUGUUUGCUUCUGGCGCUGGAGGAGUACAUGCCUGGGAAGCCUCCAUUGAGACCUUCAACAUUUACCUAAUGGAUGUCUAUCUCGCUGCAUUCAUCUAUGUCCUCUGUGGUUCCCUAGCCAAACUCGCUCUCCUCAUGUUCUACUUCCGACUCUCUCCUCAACGAUGGUUCAAGAUCUCAGUUUGGUCAACCGCUGUGUUCAUCAGCGGAUAUACCAUUGGAAUAUUCUUCGCUGUGAUGUUUGCCUGCCAUCCUAUUGCUAUGAACUGGGAUGUUACAAUCACAGAAGGCAAAUGUAUCAACAGACCUGGGCUGUAUAUCGCGACCGCGAUAACCAACAUCAUCAGCGAUGUUAUCCUAUUCAUACUACCAUUGCCAAUGGUUUUACAACUCCAGAUGCCCUUCAAGCAGAAGAUUGGUUUGAUGGGCAUCUUUACUAUUGGAUCUUUGACGGUAGUUACAUCGAUCGUGCGGGUCUCUCUCUUGCCAGGAAUGCUUAAAUCAAUGGACUUAACUUGGGUUAUCGCUUUUCCUUCGAUUUGGAUUAUCGUCGAAGCGAACCUGAUCAUUACCUGUGCGACGAUGCCGACGCUCCGCAAGUUCUUCAAACAUGUUGCUCCCAAACUCAUCGGCGAGUCACGAUAUGGCAGCAAAACAGGGAAAUCGUCAAAAUAUGGCAAGCCAGAUACAGGAUCCAAGCCGCCGAGUCGACCAUUUGCCCCCUCUUCCCAGGGACGCCGUGACCGAACACAAUAUUCACAAUUCGAUGGCGAUGAGAACCCUAUGCCCGAUAACUUUGCUCUAGGCCCCAUCAAUGGACGCGUGGGACACAAUACCAGCGUUGGUCAGAGCGAAGAGGUAACGGGUUGGAUCGAUAGUGAUUCUGAGAAGGGGAUCGUUGGGGGAACGAUCAAGCCAGCCAUUGUGCAGACGAAGACGGUGACGGUGGAACUCUGCCCGGCUGAAUUCCAGCAGACGAUAAUAUUGAAUAUCACUAAACACAUGGAAACCGUUUGUCUCUCUAGAACGAUUGCCACCACCAUUCAACCAGAGAUUGCAACUCCGAGUCGCGUCACUGCAACCUCAAAAUUGAGCCCCAAAGAAAGCGGCAGAUUGAUCUUCACCCCUGACCAAACCAAGCCUGGUAACCCACUACAAAAUCACCUUCCGCUUUAGAAGACGCCGUCUCUUGGGGAUCAGCAUCCGUGCGGUUCGGUCCUAGUCAGAAGAAAACCCUCGCACAGAAAAAGUCGUCACCGUUUUCUGCCCUGUCUUUUUCCUCUCUAGAACCCAUGUCCCACUGAAUUUUCAGUGAGUGCUUUUUCGGAAGAGAGGGGAGGCAAUUUGGUUACGUACAGUUCAAAGCCAGGUACAGGGGAAGAUCUCAAUGUUACUCUGCGGAACGCGUAGAUCUUGGCGAAGGAUUGUGACCCCUGCUACGGUGACUCGCGAAUGGCUCCGCC